AUCAAAAUCCCAAACACAGAUACAGAGCUACGAGGAGUCCGAGCACAAUGUUGUACUUCUGUGUUUUGGUUUUCGCUCUUCCCUUGGUGACGGCCAGUGUGGAUGGAGAUGAUACACUGGAUUCUGAGUGGGAGAAAUGGAAGCAGACUCAUGGCAAACAGUACCAGAAUCCGACGCAUGAGGAGCAGAGACGUCAGAUCUGGGAGAAGAACCUACAGAUAAUUGCUGCCCAUAACAUCCAGUUCUCAGAGGGGAUACAUUCGUACAAUCUGGCCAUGAACCAUCUGGGAGACAUGACCAGUGAGGAAAUUGUUCAGACGAUGACUGGGUUGAAGGUGCCAGACCAUCGCCAAGCCAAUAACACCUAUUCCCCUGAUUGGAAGUCACGGAUUCCCGAAUACAUUGAUUACAGGAAGAAAGGCUAUGUCACUCCAGUCCAAAACCAGGGAAGCUGCGGUUCUUGCUGGGCUUUCAGUUCAGUGGGGGCCCUGGAAGGUCAGCUCAAGAAGAAGACUGGUACUUUGGUCUCACUCAGCCCACAGAACCUUGUGGAUUGUGACACGGAUAACUAUGGAUGUCAAGGUGGAUACAUGACUAAUGCAUUUGGCUAUGUGAGGGACAAUGGUGGAAUAGAUUCUGAUACAUCCUACCCCUACAUUGGUCAGGAUGAAGGCUGCCUCUACAGACCAGAAGACAGAGCAGCCACAUGUAGAGGCUUCAAGGAGAUCCCAAGGGGAAACGAAAAGGCCUUGAAACGAGCGGUGGCACAGGUUGGCCCAGUGGCGGUCAGUAUCGAUGCCAGCCUCCCUUCCUUCCACUUUUACAGCAAAGGCGUGUAUUACGAUAAUAACUGCGACCCCGAAGGUAUAAAUCACGCAGUGCUUGUGGUCGGCUACGGAAACAUAAAAGGGACAAAGCACUGGAUUGUUAAGAACAGCUGGGGAGACCAAUGGGGGAGGAAAGGAUACAUUCUCAUGGCAAGAGAGAAGAAGAACGCCUGCGGAAUCGCAAAUCUCGCCAGUUUUCCGGUGAUGUGAAAGGAUGAAACUACCGGGAAUGAGGACCUUAUUGUAACCGAGUGCGUGGUACCCUGCUUCACCCAUUUUAAUUUAAUAAAACUCCUUCUACUGUAUUAUAUUACUGGUAAACAGGUGAUCUAAUUGGGGGUGACCUGUUCUUCCUAAUAUUUGCAAAAAAUCCCCUUAAAAAAUACUAGGAAUUCAUAGUUUAUCCUAUCCACUGUUUAAUGUACAAUAUUUCUACUGGCUGCAAACAGAAUGUCAGUGAGCAAGCUGUCAGACUGAACACAGGGUUUCAUUUUUAAGAAAAAUAAAAUAUAAAUAAGAUCUCAGAGAGCCUCAUUGAACAAGAUGGGGUUUAUCACCAAACAGGAACUGGGGAAAUCGGAGAGGGAAACGGCAAAAUAUAGACACUAAUAGGGGAAAUUCUCAAAUUCUACCAUUUCAGCAAGUGGACGAGAAUAUCCUAUAAUUUCCUCUUUACUUCCAAUUGUCCACAAUUCUUGGUUAUGGUAAUUAACCUCACAGAGAUUCUGAGACUCCCAAGUAGUGAUGGUGUCUGCGUGUAGCCAUUAACUCUGUGGAUUAUCACUGAUACCGCCUCAUCCAAUGAGGAUUGGGGCUGUAAGCGUUGCCUCGUUGCAUCAGGAAAUCGCCAUAUAAUAAAU